AUGUUCAAAUCUCAACACGGUUUUGAAAAAUACUGUUUCUCUGUGGUGAUGCAAGAGAUUGGUUCUUGUUCGACGACACCGAUCAUGCGUUCUUUGGUGGGCACCACGAAAAGGAAUUUGUCUUUAUUUCGGAAUGACACAUCUGUUAUUAGAUUAAAUUGUACUUCAAUCACUCGGAAAUCCAUGUUUAUGCAUCGGAAAUCAUUUCAAAUAUUUAAAUUUUCUGAUUCAGAUCGACAGCAACGUUACUAUCAUGAAUCAUUGCAUCGGCUGCAAUCAUCAUCACCAGAACAAACACAAGAAAUGUUUCCAAAUUUGAAAAAUUUUCUGAAAAUGGACUCUUCCAGAAUUGAUUUUUUUGAAGUGUUAAAAUCCAUUGAUUUUCAAAAGAAUGAAAAACAACGACCUACUUUUCAUGAAUAUAAUAACAGCGGACAAAAACUUAAAUUAUCGAGAAGACCUGAUCCAUCAGCUCGUUCUUCAGCUGUGAUGGUUUUAUUUUUCAAACGGGGAGAGAAAGGAGAACCUUUUCUGGUCUUGUUGCAAAAAACCCCUGCAAAAAAGAACACAAAUUACCAACAUGCAGGUCAAAUAAGUUUUCCAGGUGGAGUUUUUGACUCAACAUUAGAUUCUAGUUUAUUAGACACAGCCAUCAGAGAAACGAACGAAGAAAUUGGACAACAACAUAUUCAAGUUUUGAAUGAGUCGCUUCCAAGUACCAUGACAGGAGCACGCAAUUUUAAUGUCAAACCUUUUAUUGGUCGAUUGUUACAAAAUAAUGAACAAACAAACGCUGAAUUUCAUUACCUUCUACAAACAGACGAAAUUGAACACUUAUUUGAGGUGAAAGUUUUAGAUUUAAUUCAAAAUUCAAAUUUUGAACCUCUUGGAAAAACCAUCAUUAAUUCUUCCUUUACACAUUAUGGUCCAGUGUUUCAUUUGACCAAUGUUCACUCUGUGACCCGAAACACAACAGUUCCAUACGCUUCUCGUCGUGUCACUUCCGAAUUGUUGAACAAGUGUAAGAUUGUCAACAAUAAUUUCAUCGUUUUUUCUCAACCAUCGACAUCGACCACUGGUGGUCUUUCAAGAAAUUUCCAUCAACAGUUGAUUCGUCUCGACUCUUCCAAUGUGGGUGUAGCCUCUGCACAAGCUUGUCCCUAUCACAAGACUGCAACCUCCACAAGUAGUGCUGUAGUGGUAGAUCAACCACCAGCACAUUCAUCAGCAAUGGAAGUAAACACUUGUACAACUUCGGAAAGUAAACCUCCUCUCAAAUCAUUCCAAGAUUUACCAGGUCCAAAACCUUUACCAUUGAUUGGUAACUUGUGGGACUUGUUGAAAAAUAAGAAAAAAUUGCCCAAUGCUUACUUUUUAGAGUUGUGCGAACAAUAUGGAUACAUGGUCAAGUUGACUCUUCCAAAGAAUAACAUGCUCAUCAUUUCUCAUCCUGACAUUAUUGAAGAAUUGAUGAGAAAAGAAGAACGUAGAGAUAAAUUAGUAGCUCUUCGUUAUGUUAAGGAACAACACAAUAUUGAAUUGUUACCAAUUGAAUUGAGAUAUGAUGAAGAUUGGCAACCUAUUCGUUCCUUGUUUAAUAUUGCCAUGAAACCUGAAAAUUCAGACAAGGUGAGUCUUCCUCAACUCACUGAACUCAAUGGAGAUUUCUUGAGAAUUGUUGCCGAUAAUUUGAAAACAGUAGUAUCAUCCAAAGAUGGAGAAACAAAAUAUUUAAUUCCCAAUGCCUUUGGAAUUACUUCCUUAUAUACAUUUAAGGCAGUUACAAAAGUAUUUCUCGGAAUCAAGGUCGAUGAAGAGGUUGAAAAACUUCUUCCAUGGAAGAUGAGUGAAUUUGUGGAUGCAGCUGUUCGUUCCACUGAUGUGGCCAUUGGACUGGACACCAAACCUCCCUUAUACAAGCUUUAUAAAACUCGAGAAUACAAAGAAAUGGAAGAUUUACUAUUGAAGGUCUUCAUUGGUUGCCGAGAAUUCAUCAAAGCCUUUGCUAAAAACCCAAAUCCUAACCUUCCUCGAUUGAAAGACUUGAUUGAUGAACGAGCUGCUGGAAUGGAAAAUCCCGAACGUAAAGUCGAAGGAGUAUUGACUGCUUUUAUUAAUGGUGGUGUUGAUAUUACCUCUCGUAUGAUGGUGAAUCAAUUCUACAGACUCGCUCAUCACCCUGAUUAUCAAGAAAAGUUGUAUCAAGAAUUGGUUCAAGUAUUUGGAGAACCAUCUGCUGAGGAAUUUACUUCGGAACAAGGACUGCAUGUCUCUUUGGAACAAUACAAGAAAUUGAAAUUAAGCAAGAAUUUCUUUGAAGAGAUUUUACGUAUUGAUCCUUUUAGUUACAUGACCAGUGGUCGAUGGUUGAGAGAAGACACCGAAUUGAAUGGAUAUUUAAUUCCAAAAGAUACAAGAGUGUUAGUGGUGAAUUAUUAUCCAAAUUUGAAGGAAGAAUUUGUUCCACGUGCUAAAGAGUUUAUUCCUGAAAGACAUGAGAAGGGAUCACCUCUUGCUCCAAAGUCCUUGUACAUUAGUCUUCCAUUUGGCAUUGGAGCUCGUAAAUGUCCUGGCUCCAGAAUUGCAAGCACAGAGAACCACAUGGCACUCAUUAAUCUUGUCAGACAUUUCAAAUUGAGUCAUGGAAACCCAGAGAAAUUCCCAGAGCCUGCCAUGGAUCAAUCUUUGUUGUACAUUGACACCAAGAACCAUCCACUGUACCUCGUUCCAAGAGAUCAUCUCAAACCAGUCCUGGAACAAUAUCUUGCCAACAAACAACAGAAAUAA